AUAUACUAAAAGAUAUAAUAUUAUUGAAAUAUUUUAUAUUCUGUCAAAUUAAAGUUUGUGUAUAUUAUAACAGUUUUAAAAAUGGAACCUAUGACUUUGGGAAGCCCUACUCAUUCUCCAUCAGGGAGCCCUAAUGUGGGAUAUUUGCCCCCAUUUCUUUUAGGUGAAAUUAAUCCACCAGCAACCCCGCGAACCAACAGCUUAUCUCCUACAAAAGGACGAAGCCUUGCAUUUGGUUCACCAACCAGUCCAACUCAAACUUCGACCCCAGACCAAAAAGGUUACAGACAUAAUAUAAGCAUGCACCAGCAGGCUUUGUACAAUCAACAAAACAUGUUUACCAACAUACCAGCAUCACCUAAUAUUUCUUAUUCAAGCAAACCAAAUGGUCCACCAAUAGAGGAUUUAUUUGAUACAAUUAAAAGCAAUGAACCUUUACAUAAGUCUGCUUAUCAAGAUUACAGUUUUAAUGGUUAUCGUAACAACUCUAUGCUUCAAAAUUCUUAUACCAAUGCGAAUGCAUCAGCAAACCAAUCAUUAAUAAAUACAUGGCAGGAUAGUUGCCAGGAACAAGAUGAAUACUGGGUAACCAUAUUUGGUUUCCCCCCCAAUGCUGCCAACACUAUCCUCGCGAGGUUUAGUAACUGUGGAGCUAUACUUGACAAACAGUACCCUACUCAAGGUAACUGGGCACAUGUGAGAUAUGCAACUAGAGCUGAAAAGGAGCGAGCCAUGGCCCUCAGCGGGCGUCAAGUACUCCCAGGUGUCAUGGUUGGAGUGGUGGAAUGCAAGGAACCACCACGCAUAGCAGUUACCAGCCCUGGAAUUGCAUCUGAAAGACAAUCAAUAGGGGCCAGAUCCCUGUGCCCCACUCCUGUACCAUCAGCUCCAGUUCCACAGAGGUCAAAUGGCCUGAUCUCCAAAGCUCUCGAUUAUGUAUUAGGGUGGUGACAAAUACUUAACACCAGGUUCUUAGUAUAUCGAUGAAUUUGAAUGUUUUAAAGAAUAGAACUUGUAUAUAAAAAACAGGCAUGAUGAAAAUUAAAAAAGAUGGAAUAAAGAAACUGUCAAGAAUUCUCAAUUAAGGAAUAAAUAUUGUUUUGUAUA